AGCCUAUUUAUAGUCAAACAUAAAUAACUAAAGAUUUAACAAGAGACGAUGAAAUUGUAUUUAAAUACAACUUCAAUUGUUGUUUGAAGAUGUCAAAUGGGGUUUACAUUUAGUAUAUUUACAUUUAUGGACAUAAAACCCUCUGCCUCUUUUAGUUCUCCGCCUCACGCCACUCUCGCGAGACGCUCAAGAGAGCCGUAGCAACAAGAUCUUGCGAGAAGCGCCGCGAUCACAGCAACAAGACAACCAAAAUAAAGUGAGCACAACAAACCCGUAGCGCAUGAUGGCGGCGUCGCUGCUGCGCCGGGACAAGAAAUCCACCGCCGCCCAUCUGAAGGCAGACCUCAAGAGAAGCGACAACAGCUCGGGGCUGCGGCAACUGCAGGAGCUGCUGGAUAGCGUGCUAAACGCGGAGCGGGGCUCGGACCCGGAGGCUCUGGAGUGGUGUAAAUGGCUGCUGGCUGGGGGUGACGGCUUCGACGACUUCUGCCGGACCGUCCGGUCCUACGAUAACGCCACACUCUGUGGACUGGUGUGGACUGCCAACUUCGUGGCAUAUCGCUGCCGGACUUGCGGCAUCUCGCCGUGCAUGUCGUUAUGUGCGGAGUGCUUCAAUAACGGCGAUCACACGGGCCACGAUUUUAACAUGUUCCGGAGUCAGGCCGGCGGGGCCUGUGACUGCGGGGACGGGAACGUGAUGAGAGAGAGCGGGUUUUGCAGUAGGCAUCGGUUAAAAACAGGAGAGAAUGUGCCAUCAGUCCCUCGGGAUCUGCUGCUCAUGUCUGAGAUGGUGCUGCCGCGGUUUAUCAUCACUAUCAUUCAGUACCUGAGAGACGGCUACACUGAGCCAGAGUCGGCCGCUGACAGAGAUCUGCAGAAGGUUCUGCAGCAGUUAGAGCCGCACAUAUCCUUCUUAGAAGAGCUCACCAAGAUGGGCGGAGCCAUGCGCACUGUUCUCACCAAGAUCUUAACCAAUCAGCAGACCUUUAAAGAACUGAGCAUGGGUCAAGAGGAGAAUGUUUAUGCAAAGAGGAACUAUGAGAAGUAUCUGUCAGCAUUGAAGAGUUCAGGUCUGGUGUCAGUGGAGGAGAAAGGAGCAGGAGCUGGGGCAACAGACACUCCAUCUGGGGCAGGAGCGCUCAGUCUACUGGGAGCUACUGCUGCUGCCAGUGAAGAGGACUCUAGCAAAGAGGAGGAUCCGGAUGGGCUGCAGGGUGUGGGCCAGAGGAAGAGAGUGAAGCUCAGUAGCAGUACCAAAGAUCCAUCCAUAAUGGACACCCUGAAACAUAAAUGUUUUUUAGAAGAGUUAUUGUUUUGGACUAUUAAGUAUGAAUUUCCACAGAAGAUGGUCACUUUUUUGCUCAACAUGUUGCCAGAUCAGGAUUACAAGAUCACGUUCACAAAAACAUUUGUACAACACUAUGCCUUCAUCAUGAAGACCCUCAUGAAGAGUCACGAGUCGGACACCAUGUCCAACCGCAUAGUUCACAUCAGCGUGCAGCUGUUCAGUAACGAGGAGCUGGCGAGACACGUCACAGAGGAGUGCCAGUUACUGGACAUCAUGGUCACUGUGCUCCUCUACAUGAUGGAGAGCUGCCUUAUCAAGAGCGAACUGCAAGAUGAGGAGAACAAUCGUCAUGUGGUGGUGAACUGUGGUGAAGCUCUUUUGAAGAAUAACACCUACUGGCCUUUAGUUAGUGAUUUUAUUAAUAUCCUCUCGCACCAAAGUGUGGCCAAACGCUUCCUGGAGGAUCAUUCUCUGUUGCUGCUAUGGAUGAGUUUCGUCUCCUUCUUCCAAGGGAUGAAUCUGAAUAAGAGAGAGCUGAAUGAGCACGUGGAGUUUGAGUCUCAGACGUAUUAUGCAGCAUUUGCAGCUGAGUUGGAGGCCUGUGCUCAACCUAUGUGGGGUCUCCUGACACACUGCAAAGUCAAAGAAACCCAAGAGUACACUAAGACAGUGGUGCGGUACUGUCUGGAAACGCUUCAGAUGUGGUUUGAUGCCAUUGGGUUUGUAGAUGAGCCUGCCCUCAACCAGCUGACCUUUCAUUUACCUCUCCAUAGAUACUAUGCCAUGUUCCUCAGCAAGGGAGUGAAGUGUCAAGGUCUGGAUUUAGACAGUUUGCUUCCUGAUCAGGAGAUGCUUAUGAAGAUCAUGGUUCACCCUCUUCAGAUACAGGCUAGCCUGUCUGAGAUCCAUAGUAAUAUGUGGGUGAGAAAUGGGCUGCAGAUUAAAGGUCAGGCCAUGACUUAUGUCCAGUCUCACUUCUGUAACUCCAUGAUUGACCCAGACAUCUACCUCCUGCAGGUGUGUGCGUCUAGACUGGAUCCAGAUUACUUCAUUUCCUCAGUGUUUGAGAGGUUCAAGGUGGUGGAUUUGCUGACGAUGGCGUCUCAGCAUCAGAACGCAGUGCUGGACUCGGAGCAGGAGAGACCCAUGCUGGAGGGGGCGCUGACCUUCCUGGUCAUUCUGUGCAGUCUCAGAAUACACUUAGGAAUGUCUGAUGAUGAGAUUUUGAGAGCGGAGAUGGUGUCGCAGUUGUGUAUGAAUGAUCGUACCCACAGUUCCUUGCUAGAUCUUAUCCCGGAGAAUCCGAACCCUAAGAGUGGUGUGGUGCCGGGCAGCUGUAGUUUUGAAGAGAUGCUGUCUGCUGUAGCUGAUUUUAAAGCCCCAGUGUUUGAGCCUGGAGGAUCCAUGCAGCAGGGCAUGUACACGCCUAAAGCGGAAGUCUGGGAGAAAGAGUUUGACCCUAUAAUGGUGAUUCUACGCACAGUGUACCGCAGAGAUGUGCAGUCAGCCAUGGAUCGAUACGCAGCAUUUUUGAAACAGUCCGGUGUUCAUACGGGGAACCCCUGGCCGCCCUAUAAGGAGAGGACCCCUCUGCACCCCUGCUAUAAAGGACUGGUGCGCCUUCUGCACUGCAAAACCCUACAUAUUGUCAUCUUUACAUUGCUUUACAAGAUCUGGAUGGAUCAUCAGAACAUGUCUGAACAUGUGUUGUGUAUGGUGCUGUACCUAAUAGAACUUGGACUUGAUAAUCAGGUCCAGGAUGACAAAGUGGAAGAGGAGCCCUGUAUUGAGGAGCACUGCCAUGACAGCUGGUUCCCGGGCACCAGUCUGCUGUCUAACCUCCAUCAUGUCAUCAACUUUGUGCGGGUUCGAGUGCCAGAGACGGCACCUGAGGUGGAGAGGAAGAGAGAAAGGGAGAGAGAACGAGAAACUCCACCCAGCACCAGCUCUGAGAGCAGCACCUUCGGACAGAACCUGCGUGAGGCUCAGGUGUUCAGUCUAGUGGCGGAGCGCAGAAGGAAGUUCCAGGAGAUCAUAAACCGCAGUAACCACGAGGCCAGUCAGGCGGUGCGCCCCAAGUCCUCAUCCUCUCGCUGGCUGCCACCCGGCUCGCCUCCGCAGCUGGUGACUGAGAUCCUGGAGAUCCGUGAGAGCAUGCUGUCUCUCCUGGUCAAACUGCACCAAAAACUAUCUGCCAAGCAGAACUCUCUGUCUCUGAGCUGGUUGGCAGAGGUGGAUCCGGCUCAUCACGCGCAUGGAGAUGGUUUAACAGCCAUCGAAAGGAUCCUGGCCAAAGCUGCCGCCCGUAGUCGGCACAGCAAGAGGUGCCUACAGGAAAUCUGUGGGAAAGUGUGUCCACCUAUACCGCCCAAGAAGAACAGUCCUGGAGAUAAGAAGAGCAUGGACAAGGAAGAGAGGUGUGUGUGUGUUCCACGUUUCAUUUCCACCCAAAAAUAUGUUUAUUUUUUUCACCCUUACUUAAAGUUGCCAGAGUCACCUGAAACAGAUGCAGUGAUGGACAUGGGCUCGGCAGAACCUCUAGACUCAGAAGUUUUGUAUGACUGUGUGAUCUGUGGUCAGAGCGGCCCAUCUACUGAAGACAGACCCACAGGACUAGUGGUACUGCUGCAGGCUUCAUCAGUGUUGGGGCACCGCUGUCGUAGUGACACACCAAAGCGAUUGCCUACUACGGAUGAGGAACAUAUCUACCCUGAGGACACAUGUGGAGCGACCCAUGAUGUUAGGCUGUCCCUUAUGCAACGCUACUUUAGAGAUAGUUCAUGUCUGCAGUCUGUGUCUAUUGGCUGGGACGGGGGUGUGUAUGUGCAGACGUGUGGCCACACUCUGCAUAUAGACUGUCACAAGUCCUACAUGGAGUCCUUACGGAACGAUCAGGUUCUUCAGGGGUUUUCUGUGGAUAAAGGCGAGUUCACCUGUCCGCUGUGUCGUCAGUUCGCCAACAGUGUUUUGCCCUGUCGACCUGGGCGUGGGAUGGAGACUGGCGCCUGGCAUACGCCCAGUAACAAGAGCAUGUCCACACUGGUGAAGGAAGUGGAGGACCUUCAGGAGCAGCUGGGCAUUUUCCCAGCGGAGUCAAAUCUGAGUAAAGAGAUGGAAUCUGUUAUAAAGGACAUUAAAAACACCACGCAGAAAAAAUACAUGGAUUAUGGGAAGAACCCAGGGUCACCUGACAAUGACUUCCUUUUCAUGUACUCUGUGGCCAGGACAAAUCUGGAGUUAGAGUUGGUUCAUCGUGGGGGGAAUCUAUGCAGUGGAGGGGCCAGUGCUGCUGCCAAACGCUCCUGUCUCAAUCAGCUGUUUCAUGUGCUGGCCAUGCACAUGCGUCUCUACAGCAUAGACUCAGCAUACAACCCCUGGACCAGACUCACACAGAGCACGCACAGCAGAGACACUGAGUACUGUGGUGAUGAACGUCCUGAGGUGCCCAUGCUCUUCAGAGACGUCCCGUCCCUCCUCAUCAUCUUCAUCCUUACCAUGCCUCAGCCUUUACGCAAAGAGCACUUUACGUGUGUUGUGAAGGUGUUGUACAGUCUGCAGUACACACAGGCUCUGGCCGCUCUGUCCAUCAGAUUCAGUUGUGAGGAGAGACUCGCCUGGAGCAACACAGGAGCUGCCAAGAAGAACACGCCAAACUCUGACAUAUCAUGGGAGUCGCUCCUGGGUCAUGUGAUCUCUGAGCUGACGAAGGCCAAAGAUGUGUAUGACACCAACUCUGAGGAAACAUUUGUGUUGAGCUCCAGUGUGUGGUCUCCUCAGUCCAUUGAGUUCAGCCUACAACAGUUCUGUCUGCCCUUCCUGAGACUGUCCUGUUUACUGCAACACCACCUGUAUGGAGACAGCUUACCCGGCUGCCUGGUGGAUGAGGAGUUUUCUCUGCUGUCCGGGUGUCUGGGAUUGGCUGGUUCUGUUCAGUCCAGUGGAGCCAUGAGCAGUGCAGCGUGUCUGGAGUGGAACAUCAAUGCUUUCGAUCUGAUCAGUCAGUGGUGUUCAGAAGUCAUCACUCUGUCCGAUACUCCCACCCAGCAGUCUGUGUCUCUAUUAGUUCAGGAUCCGCAGUGGGCCGCCCCUCGCCUCCUGCACCUCCCAGACAAUUACAACACCAUCUUCCAGUACUACCACAGGAAAUCCUGCACCAGCUGCGGCAAGACCCCAAAAGACCCUGCACUGUGCCUGGUGUGCGGCGCGUUCGUCUGCCUGAAGGGUCACUGCUGUAAACAGCAGGGCGUCUGUGAGUGUGUGCUGCACUCUCAGCACUGUGGAGCAGCGACUGGUAUCUUCCUCCUGAUAAACGCCUCAGUCAUCAUUAUCAUCCGAGGCCAUCGCUUCUGUCUGUGGGGGUCUGUGUAUCUGGACGCUCAUGGAGAAGAGGACAGAGACCUACGUCGAGGAAAGCCUCUGUAUUUAUGUGAGGAGAGAUACCGCGUUCUGGAGCAGCAGUGGGUCUCACACACCUUCGACCACAUCAACAAGCGCUGGGGUCCCCAUUACAAUGGACUUUAACAGUACAGCCCACAUCCUGGAGAGGACAGGUCACAUGAUGUCAAUGCCAGCCUCUGUGACAUCCUCUGAUGAUUUCUGUCGUGUAAUAUAAAGAAAACUUGCAUUGAGUUGGCCACAGCCUGGGUUCAUGUGAAGUUUAGUGUACAAUCAAGCCUAUUGACUAACAGCGUGUGUGUGUGCGUGUUUUAAAGUGAUUUUUCGUGUGGAUUUAUAGGGGAGAAUUUUGUUUUGUCCCAGCAAGCUCACGGUGAAAGCACACUGAGUGAAUCUGUGUCUAGUCUGUUGGACGCACAGAGUGGAAUGAUACUCCCGUUCUGUAAUGUGGAAAACUGACAUCGUUUUUGAGGAGACGGACUCUUAAAAAAAAAUAAACAAUUUUGACCAAUGUUAAACAAAUCAUGUACAGAUAUCAGAAUGAAUAUCGAAACCUUGAAUGCUAAAGGUACCAAGACUCUCAACAUAUCCCCCCACCCCACCCCAUGACCACUUCAUGCUAUUUGAGUUGAAACACAUCUCAUAAGACUGACUGUGUGUUCAAAAAGCAGGGUAUGAGGCGAAAUGUCAACCGAUUAGAGCUAAAGAGAGAUUUGUCUGACUCGAGGUGUAGUUGCAGUCAUCCUCAGGAAUUUUAUUUUAUAAUUUUUUUCUUUUGUUUUGUAGUCUGAUAAAAGAUUUUAAUAUUUAAUAAGUGCUGCUAUUCAUUGUUUGAAAAAAGUAAAUUAUACCUUUGUAAAAAAUAUUUUUACAAUUUGCAUCUUUUUUUUUGUUUUGUUUUUGAUGGUGGUUGGCUGGUCUGUUGAGUUUAUUAUAAAAAUCCCCUACAACCUUGUAGCACAUUUAAUGGCUAGAGACAGAGCUAGUCUUUAUAUAAUGAUCUGUGGCCAUUUCCCUCACAUAAAUGUCAUAAAAGUAACCUUAAAACAUAUUUAAAGAAGAAAAACUUUUUUUUGUAUUAUGAAAAUGAAGUUUGUUUUAGAAUAAAGUAUCUUUGCAUCUUUUUCAUAACAGUCGAACAUCAUUUGCCCCAAAUUCUUAUUAAUGUAAACAAUAUUGAUGUUUUUUUCUCUCCUUUUUCUUCUUUAUUACGUGUGUGUGUGUGUGUGUGAGAGAGAGUGUCUGUGUUUCUUUAUUGUGAAGAGUGGGCAGAGGUGUUUAAUUUGUCAGGAAAAUAAUGCAAUACAAUUACGGUUCUGAAAAUCUGCUCUUUUUUUUUUUUUUUUUCAAUGCAAAAUACAAUUUGUUUUCCGAGAUUCACCGAACUAUAACCAGAAAAUCUAACCACAUACCCCAAAUCAGUUGUCACUCAAAGUUUUGAUUGUCUUUACGAUAUUCUAAUUACAUGAUGCCUGGACUGGUUUCAGAUGGUCCAUAGGGGGCAGUGUUUGCCGUUACACUGAGCUCUGGUUCAAAGAGCCGUUUGAUGGCUGUUCUGUUGGUCUUGUAUAUCUAGAGGCUCAAUGCACAUUUGCAAAAACCUCUGAAGUUAAGAAAAUUAGCCAUAAUUGUCUUGACUGAGUUUUGUAGCAACUGGCUUCAAUGGCCUAAUUUCUCCUCUAGGAUUUUGCAGGUGGUGAAGUUUUCUCUUUUUUAAAGACAUUGUGUUGUUGUGAAGAUAUUUUAAUGCGCACACCACUCAGGACAUUGAAUUCCUGAUCUGAAGUGUUCCUGAGAAAAGGGUUGUCACUUUGUACUACUGCUUUGAACUUGGCCAGAUUAUGUGUUGAUCCUUUAUGCAAAAGUAUCAGACCAAAAGAAAAAAAGAAAAAGAUCGGUUUUAAUGUUAUCAGAAAGUUAAAAAAAAAAAAAAAGAUAAUUUGGUACUUGAUACAAAUAGACAUUUUAGCGAAGGCUAGUUUUCCAGUCCGAUACAUGUGGUGUUCCUCAAAGCUCUGUCCUCGGACCAUCUUUGAUUGUGUAAUCUGUAACUGAAGAGAGGGCAUUAUGUAUGCACAAGUUAAUUAUUUGAGAAUGCAUUCAACUGGAUCACAUCAAAUUGAAUAUUGCAGCCCAGUCCAGUGAUGGACAUGUAUGGUGUGGCACACAAUUUCUUUAUUUUAUGCAGCUCCUGUGUUAGCAAAUGGUUUAGUUUUAGUACUUUCUCAUUUAAUCCUUGCCCCCUUAAAAAGUAAGAUCAAGCUUCACAUUGAGACAAAAUGACUCCAGUCUAAACCUUAUUGUGAUUUGCCUUGCCUGACACCACAUUGAGAGUGCUUGAAAAAAUAAUUAAAAUUGUCCCAUCCUUUUUGUUUUAAUUGUGUAUAUAGAAAUGAAACACACACAUUUAAAUGAAGUUUGCAGUACAGUUUCCAUAUGGUAUUUAGUGUGUCUCUUUUGAUUGUGGGUCAUAAUCAAAAUAAUGAUAUCAGUGGAGCCCUUGCAAUAAUAACAAUAAUCAGUGCGAUUACAGUUACACACAUGAUGUCCAGCUAUAUUGAGGGCAUUUUGCUUUUUGUUUGUGUCCUACUGAAAACAGACAAGCACCCCCAACACCGCACAAACAUACACAUAUUCAGAGACACACACACCAGAAAAAGCAUGUUUGGUUUGUAUUGAUCAGUUUGAUUGGUAGGUAUUGAUUAUCAUUGCUGCAAUCAUGCCAUGCUGGAGGAAGGAUGUUUUCAGUGCACUUGAAGUUUGCUUUCUUUUCUUAUUUUGUCUUGAUUUCUUGCAUGCUGCUGUUUUUUUUUCUGUUUUUUUUUUUUCUUUUUUCUUUUUUCUUUUUUCUUUCUAAGAGAGUUCUUACUCUCCUUCCCAACUUUGUAUAGACAGACAGUUGUGCUAAGUGUGACGGGUGGAUAAUGCUGGUGUGUUCUCCUGCAGUGAAUGCUUGUCAGGCAGGCAGUAAUACAGUACAUUACUGUAGGUGCUGAUUCAGACUUUAUGAUGUCAUCUCUGAAAGGGUGACUUUUAAUGACAUUUAAUGCAAAAUGUAACAUAUGUGAAUAAAAUAUACAGAUGCUCUGA